AUGGACACACACAUGGGUGAAGCUAAUUAUGUUAGGAGACAUGUGUCUCUGGAUUCUAUAAAAGAGUCUGCCAAGAACUAUACUGUCAGCCAGUCUUAUACAGGCAGCUGGGUCAUGGAUCCUCACCGAGAGCCACACCACUCACCGCAGAGUGAACCAACAGGAGACCCAGAAGAACUUACAGGUCAGCCAGAAGAACUUAAAUGGGAGCCAAAGUUAGAGGGACGUAAGGAGGAAGCAGUCGUGUUGGGGAUGAGUGACCAGACACAUCAGAGCCACUGCGACCAGGCCUUAGGGUUUAGGCAUCGCGACUUUUUGAGCUUGAGUGACCUGACCCGCCUCCUGCACCGCCCCUGUGACCCUGCAGCUCUCGCCACAACCAGGAUCGUGUUCGGUAUGUUGAUGUUCCUGGAUGUACCACAAGAGAGGGGGCUAGGGGUAGCUGAUCUGAGGUGGGGGGACCCUGAUGACUGCCGCUUCCCUCUCAUCUCCCACCUCUCCCCCCUUCCCCUCCACUACAUGGUACUGCUGUACGGUGUCAUGCUCGUAUGCUCGGUGUUGAUGGUGUUGGGGUGGAGGUGGCGGGUGAGCUGUGGAAGUUUCGUGGCAGUGUACUGGUACCUCUUUCUGCUGGACAAGACCACCUGGAACAACCACUCCUACCUCUACGGACUCAUCGCCUCCAUACUUCUCGUCAGCGACCCUCACAGGUGUUGGUCUGUGGACGGAGCUGGGAAGGACAGUCACGUCCCCCUGUGGAACUACGCCCACUCAGGACCCAAAUCUUCCUGCUGUACUUUCUGGCGGGCGUGAAGAUGGACUCAGACUGGCUGAGUGGUUACUCCAUGAAGCACCUCGCCCAACAUUAGUG